AAGUUCACUCGUGAUAUUUUAUGAUAUGACCUUGUACUUUGAAGAUACUUACCUGGAGCGAUAAGUCCACUACACAUUAUGUAUACACUGCAGAUUCUACUAAUUAUCUCGAUUCAAUGGAUUUUCUCACAAAGUCGAAUACAAUGUCCAUACUGUAAUGUUAAGUCUUGCUCUACGAAACAAUGCCAUGCCUGUGCAUACCACAACGGGGACAUAAGUCACGUCGAAUGUAAGGAUGACUGUCCACAUUCUGACAAUAAAUGCUGUACUGACGAAAACUGUAUAGCCACCGUGUUCGGAAGUCAUUAUUCACAGACGUUUGUAAAUUGCCCUAUAUGUAAUGGUGACCACUGUCAUACUGUAAAAUGCAUUGAAUGUAAGAUAAAUACACGAAACUGCAGAGCACAAAACACAUGCUUCAUUGAGCCGACGAAAUGUCAUGCUGAUACUCACGAGAAGUGCUGUCGGGAUGACCACUGUAUACAUGAUGGUCUUUUAAAUUGUCAUUCGACAACAAUUGUGACAACGACGACACCGGUAUCAACAACAAGGACAACAACAACAAUACCAAAGACUACAUCAACAUCAACUCUAAGGACAACAGCAUUUACGCCACAACAACUAACAACCCAUUCGGUUCAGCGAUCCUGCAAGGUGUGUGGGAACUAUGAAAAUGAAAGUCCCUGUGAUACACAGAGCAUAUAUUUCGGUCCAACCUCAGCUUGUGAAGGAGGAAAAAGUUUCUGCAUGACGGACCUUGUUCAUGAUCAAUUCGGAAACGACAAGAUAUAUAAAAGGUGUGUUGAUGAAUCUGUCUGCAAAAACCUAUGGAUUUCACACAGCUCAACACAAAAUCGUUGUGUAAACUUUGGCAGCGUUCUUGCAACGGGAAAUUACUCUUGUCAUUUUUGCUGUACGUCGGAUGACUGCAACAUGGGAUUGCUGCCAGACCCUCCAACGUUCUACACAGUACACUGAGAGUUUUUUAAUUUUGAAUGAAUAAAAGUCACUUGUAUAACAAAAGA